UUGUUGUCCAAAUAUACUCCUGCGCAUGCGCGAGCGGAAGUUUGCUCCCAGGCCGAAACUGUCGUCACCGUUGCCGCCAUUUUGGCUCGUCCGGUGCGUUGAACUAACGGAGCGGAGCCGCAAUGGAAUCCGCAGCGAGGCGCUGCGUGAGGUAGACGUCGCCGGACACUGGUCAUGUGAUGUUUGUUUACUUCCGCCCGAGUCUCAACUGCACGUGGAGUGUAAGGUCAUGGCCUCCCCCGCCCCUCCCAAACCCUUCGGCCCAGAGGAGACCCGGAGGCUUCUCCAUCGCCUGCAGACGCCCGCCGUCUUCCCUGACAUGGCCGCCGGCUGGCCGGCGCUGCUCUGGACCGCAGAGCGCCUGUCCCGCUGCCUCGGGGACCAAGUGGUCCAGUUCCGACUCGGAAGGAAAGAGGAGAUGAACGCCCCCCUGUUUGAGACCCAGUGCUCCUACGUGGAGGCCACACUGGAGCAAUUCCUCAGCUGGACGCGACCUCAGACCGGGUCUCGCCUGGGGCCCUUCUGUGAGUACCCCAGCUCGGAGUACUGGGCCUACGCCGACUACAAGUACAUCGCCCUGCUGCUGCAGGACCGCCCCGCCAUGUUCCAGGAUGUGAGGUGGUCCGACUUUGGCUUUGAGGGGCGUGACGGGAGGGAGAGCACCUUGUGGGUCGGCUCGGCGCGGGCCAACACGCCGUGCCACCUGGACUCGUACGGCUGCAACCUGGUGCUGCAGGUGGAGGGUCGGAAGCGCUGGCACCUCUUCCCCCCAGAGGACACCGCCCACCUCUACCCGACCCGGAUCCCCUACGAGGAGUCCAGCGUCUUCAGCCAGGUCCACGUGGUCCGCCCGGACCUCAGCAGGUUCCCUUUGUUCCGGGGGUCCAGAGCCCACGAGGUCACUCUGGAGCCCGGACAGGUUGACCUGUGGUCUGCUCAGGUGCUGUUUGUGCCCAGACACUGGUGGCACUACGUGGAGUCACUGGAUCCCGUCACGGUCAGCAUCAACUCCUGGAUCGAGCUGGAAGCGGACGCCGUGGAGCGAGUCGGCGAGGCCGUGGCGAAGGCCGUGGUCUGUGCGCUGAAGAGCGAGGACGACCCUGACGACUGGCUCAACCCCACCGAGGAGGGCGUGGCCCCCCAUCGGGACAACAUGCGCUCUUUGAACCUGGCGCUGAGAGCUUGUGACCGGCGAGACGCCGGAGGACGGAUCCGGGAGAGCAGCAGUGACUCCGGGCCCCCGAAGGUUCCCUUUGGACCUCAUCUGGUCCCUGUACGCCGCCAGAAGGACGCCGUUCCACCACAGACCACCGGGGGUCAGGAGGUCACCUCCUCCGGAGAAGAGGCCCCCAUAACCACCAACGACCUGCUGGACUGCCUGCUGCACCCUGACGUGGUCGCCCGGGUCACCGAGCUGCUGCUGCAGAGACACACAGGAAGUGACGGGAGCGCCCCCCCCCCUCCUGAUGCUAAAGACACUCCCUGCACGGCCUCGCCUCGACUCCUGUCUCGUCCCCACGGACAAGAGGACUUCGGCUAAUCGGGACUUGAUUUCCUGGCUAAUCCGGUUUGUUUCCCUCCAGAGGCUCACAAACAUGGCUGCUCCAAUCGGGUUAGCAUGCUAAUGAGCCGCGACACUCGUGACGUCUCCGUGUCCCCGAGCGACCGCAGAGGGAUGAGGACAAAUAAACGAGAUAUUCGGUGAAA